AAGUUGUAGCGGCUCGUCUGUCCUCCAGAGGCGAUGCUGGAGUUUGAAGAGACAUGCGGAUGGCUCAGGACGCAGCUUCUUCCCCAUGCCGUGCACAGACUUAAUAAGCGGACAAAGUUUUUAAAUUUGGUAUUGGCCUGCGGUUUAUUCCGCUCUUCGCCAACAUGGAGUAUUGGAGGCAAUGUGCGAUGUGGCUGAUCAGCUGCAACGUGCUGCCUGCGAACCACCGGGUAACUGCGGACACGGCGCAGGUGUUCGACCUGGCGCAAACCCUGCGGGACGGGGUGCUGCUGUGCCAGCUGCUCAACAACCUAAGACCCCACACUAUCAACCUAAAGGAGAUCAAUCUCAGGCCACAAAUGUCACAGUUCCUGUGCUUGAAAAACAUUCGGACAUUUCUGGCUUCUUGCUGUGAUGUGUUUGGGAUGAAGAAGAGUGACUUAUUUGAAGCCUUUGAUCUCUUUGAUGUCCGAGACUUUGGAAAGGUUAUGGACACUCUGUCCAAGCUUUCUCACACGACAGUUGCUCAGCAAGCAGGAUUCAAGCCAUUUCCGACAGACGAGAGCCUACAAAACGAGGACAUUUACAACAAUCUGGAAGACAUGAUUGAUGAGAGUGUUCCUGAGGACGAAGACGACUUGUACGCAGCGGUCUAUGGCCUAGAAGACGAUUAUGCUGGUGGCGAGAUCUAUGAAGACCUCAUGAGAACAGAGCAGCCUCCCCCACUGGUACCACAAUUAAAGCAAGCAGAGGUUGAUAUCCGAAGCUGCUGCCUUACAGAGAUUAAACAGACAGAGGAGAAAUACACGGAAACCCUCGAGUCAAUUGAGAAGUAUUUCCUGAACCCACUGAAGAAAUUCUUCUCUACUGUUGAAAUAGACAAAGUUUUUGUAAACAUUCCAGACUUGGUCAGACUUCACAAGAGCCUGAUGGCUGAAGUGCAGGAUUCCAUCUUAAACAAAAAUGCCUUAAAUCUCUACCAGAUUUUUAUCAGCUACAAAGAGAGAUUGCUCAUUUAUGGAAUAUACUGCAGUCGAGUGGAAAUUGCCAUCGCUGUUUUAGACCUCAUUUGCAAAGAGAAGGAGGAUGUUCGUCUGAAGCUGGAGGAGUGCUCCAAAAGGGCCAACAAUGGGAAGUUUACAUUGAGGGACCUGCUGGUUGUCCCAAUGCAGAGAGUCCUAAAGUAUCAUCUCCUUUUGCAGGAGCUAGUCAAACACACUCAGGAUGCUGCUGACAAGAGCAACCUGAAGAUCGCUCUUGAUGCCAUGAAAGACCUGGCUCAGUACGUCAACGAGGUGAAGAGAGAUAAUGAGACUCUAAGGGAGAUCGACCAGUACCAGAGGUCUAUUGAAAACCUGAAUACGCCGCUAGUCACCUACGGCCGGCCAAAGGGAGAUGGAGAGGUGCGCAUAGUCUCCAGUGUUGACAAGAAGAAACAGGACAGGCACAUCUUUUUAUUUGAUGUGGCAGUCAUCGUUUGCAAGCGAAGAGGAGACAACUAUGAGAUGAAAGACAUACUCGACCUCAACUACUUCAAAAUCACAAACAACCCCACGUCCGACAGAGAGUGUAAAAAGUGGUGCUACGGGUUCUAUGUGACACACCAGCAGGGGCACACGGGCUUCGAACUCUUUUUUAAGACCAGAGAGCUGAAGAAGAAGUGGCUGGAUCAGUUUGAAAUGGCCAUAUCAAAUAUCCGACCAGAGAAGGCCACCCACAACUCCCACCAUUUUAAGAUGCACACGUUUGAAAGGAUCACUUCCUGCAGCUUCUGUCACCUUUUGCUUAGGGGAAUCUUUAACCAGGGUUAUCUCUGUCUAAAAUGUGGCCUGGGGGCUCAUAAAGAGUGUCUGGGUCGACUGGGAGUCUGUGGGAGAACAGCUGUUUCUCACCUGACUGCAGAGCCUGUCAAGUUGAGACCCAAGGACAACACAACACCAGCGGACCCAGGUUUGCCCAGGAUGGUUGUGAUCAGAGACUACAGUGGCAUCCCCUCUUCCCAGUGUGGGACCCCACUGAGUAUUCACGUGGGGGAUGUCAUUGAACUGAUGUUUGCCGACUUGCAGAGCUUUUGGUGGCAGGGCAAAAAUCUGGCUACAAGCAAGAUUGGCUUCUUUCCAAGCGAUGCUGUGAGGCCUUGCCCGUGUGUUCCAAAACCUGUCGAUUAUUCUGCCCAGCUCUGGUUUGCAGGGCCUAUGGAAAGAUGCCAAGCUGAGGUCGCCCUCUUGGACCGGGAAAACGGCACGUAUCUGAUUCGGCACAGGAGUAAAGAGUGCACUGAAUAUGCAAUCAGUAUAAAGUUCAAUGAUAAAGUCAAGCACAUUAAGAUUCUGACCAAGGAUGGAGGCUUUUACAUUGCAGAGACCCGGGUGUUCAAAACUGUGCUGGACUUGGUGGAAUACUACCAACAGCACUCUCUAAAGGAGGGUUUCAGCAGUCUUGACACCACUCUACAGCACCCCUACAGGGAACAGCCCAAUGGAAACAUGCCCACGGCCAUUACCAAGGUCGGGAGUGUUUCUCCUGGCGGCUGCAGCUUUGUUCCUCCCUCCUCCUCGCCUUUCUGGUCAGUCUUUUCUCCUAGAGUGGUGGGUUAUGCAAUUGCACGCUACGACUUCUGCUCCAGAGACACGCGGGAGCUUUCUCUGCAACAGGGAGACGUUAUCACUAUCUACACCAAGAUGCCCAAUGGGUGGUGGAAGGGAGUAGUCGGUGACAGGGUGGGAUGGUUUCCCUCUACCUAUGUGGAGGAGGAGGACUGACUUCGCUUGUUGGAACGUGUAUUCAGCACCCAUUCAGGCCGAAACCCUCCAGUGAACGCCAUGCUGCUCUGCCACUGUCUGGGCCCUCAGUCAUAUCUCUCUUUGAUAAAAAUCCAGAGACUUGGACACAAGAGGAGGUGGCAGUGCCCUUAAAAACCUUCUCCUGUCCUCUGACAGACUCUCACACAGAAAUGUCAAAUCACAGAUUCCAGGAGCGUCAUGCCAUAUCUUACCUCUACGCAGUCCUGUCUGCCCCUGCGGCCCACUGGGAAGUACAUGUGCUGUGCCUAGAUAACCCUCCCCCUUCCCUUCCUCUCCCACUCAGCUUCCCUUAUUAUUGAUGACUCCAUCGGCUGUUAUGAGACUUGCCUUUCGUUGUUGUCAUGUUUCGAGGUCAGCAAGGCUGGACCACAGAUCCUGCUGAUAGUGCCCUGCUCAGGUACCAAAUUAAAGUGAAAGUGUUGAGAAGUUUUUGACUCUUCCUGGAACACUAUAGCCCUCAUGGCUGUUUCGACAUUUGCGUUCAGCUCUCUUUAAUCUUGGUUUUUGCAUUCUAAACUGUGUGGACACAAACCUUUGAUAAAACUGUAACUGCCAAACUUUGAAUUUGACCCUAAUUUUAAAAAGGGGUGGGACAUGGAAAAAAAAGGAUGGAACCAUGAUGGACUGAUUUGUCAGUCAGUGGACCUGUGGACGCUGAAGUGAUGCACAUCUGAAGAGAAACAGCUGAUUAUGUGGCCAUAGGACGCCACUGAUAAAGCUACAUCUCCCAAAUUAGAUUUCUGUCCUUUUAAAUACUGUUUUAUUUAAAUAAUCACCUCAACUUUAAGUGCAGCCUUCAAUAAACAUUGAGUUGAUGAAAAUCAUUAAAAAUGUGUUUAGCCUGAAAAGCUAUAGUUUGACAUUUUGUGAAAUGUACUUAUUUGCUCCCUUGGCAAAAUUAGAUGAGAAGGUUAAUACCAGUCUGAAUUUAGUCUGUUUAAUAUAAAGUUUGAAACAGUCAUUGGCAUAAAGGCUCACUUAUUGAGAGGUUAGAAUUCAUUUGUUCAGUUUGUAAUAAAGCAAAACUGUAAAACAUACAAUGUGCGGUUUUACUUGUAUAUGUGUUGGACUUUCUUGUCAGUGGGGACUUUUUUAUGACCAGUGAUGUUAGAGGACUUAAGAGGGGCUGGUAGGUGGAUAUUGAAAUCUCCAUAGCAAGUUGGGUUGCUGAAGCCAGUCUUUCUGCUUAGCUAGGCUAACCUCCUUGUGGCUGCAGGUUCAUAUUUAGUGGAAAGACACAAGAGUCAUCAGUCCUCUGUUACACUCACCAAGAAACUCUAUAAGCAUUUCCCAAAAUAUCAGCCUAUUCCAGCCGUGGUUAUUCCUGGCCUACAAGACUACAAAUGAAUAUGGCGACUUGUCACAGUGAGAAAGGUGGUUUCACAGUGUUCCCAUUUGAUGACACUAGAGCAAAUAUAAUGCCCAGUUCUCAUACAUUUUUAGACAUCAAAGAAAAAGUGUAUGCAUAAAAGGAAUUACAAAGCCAAAUAAAUUUUAAAAGUACAUGUGUGGUGUGGAUAGGUCUAUACUUCACUUUGAGCUCCUUGAUCUUUUGAUCAUUUACUGUGGAAACCAGAGAGCCCUUUUGCAUUCCACGGAUUUUGUGUUUACCUCAACUCUUUUCUUUUUUUUUGGUUUCAGUAUGAAUGAUUCAAGGGUGAUGUAACUGCUGUUCACUGUAGAGCAAGGUAGCACAAGGGCGUUAAGUGAUGCUGUUUUCCUUCAAACAUUAAUACCCCACUAACCAUGUGUUUGACAUAAAUAUUUAAUAAAAGCAUGCUCUUUGAAUUGCA